AAUUUUCCAGAAAAGGAUCUUCUGCACUGCCAUUCUAAGGAUGUGAUUGAAGCUCAUUUUAUGGCUUUUAUAAAAGAAGCAGAUGCUUUAAAGCACAAAAGUCAAGUCAUUAAUGAGAUGCAAAAAAAGGAUCAUAAGCAACUGUGGAUGGGAUUACAGAAUGAUAAAUUUGAGCAGUUUUGGGCAAUAAAUCGAAAACUCAUGGAGUAUUCUCCAGAAGAUAGUGGAUUUCGAUACAUCCCAUUUAGAAUUUAUCAGGCAACGACAGAGAGACCUUUUAUACAGAAGUUAUUUCGACCAGUUGAUUCAGGAGGACAGUUGCAUACUCUGGGAGAUCUGCUAAAAGAUGUGUGUCCUAGUGCUAUCGACCCUGAAGAUGGAGAGCAGAAGACUCAAGUGAUGAUUCAUGGAAUUGAGCCAAUGCUGGAAACACCCAUACAGUGGCUAAGCGAACAUAUGAGCUAUCCAGAUAAUUUUCUCCACAUUAGUAUCAUUCCCCGACCCACUGAUUGAAACUCAGCUGUACUGGUAUGAGGAUCAUUCUCAAGCUGGAAUUACAAGGGCAUGUCAACUUCUUGCUUCUGUCGGUCCUGACAGAGGCAGCAGCCUGACCAGAAGAAAAAACCAACAAAAAACCCGAAACAAAACAAGAAGUCCUCACUGCUGCGAGCCAAACAGGAAGACAGAUCCUAUCAUCAGAUAAGGGCAAUUGGGCUGAUCUUAUUUUGCAUCACCGCUGCUUUUCUUCACUGCUGUAAUUAAAUCAGUUGCGAUAUGAAAGAAUUUACAGGACCUCUGCAAGUCUGCUGUUUUCUUGUAAAAUAUAGUGAAGCUGAAACUGUCAGCCAAAGAGCAAAUGGAAAUAUGCCACUUGAUUGUAUUUCUGAUUAACAAAUAAACAGGGCUGUUUCCUAAAGCAGCAGUCUUUCGAUUUUGAGAGUGGAAACAUUGGUUUAAUUUUCUAGAAAGUUAGACACUGAGAGAUUCAGUUACCAACAGCGUUUUGUA